AUGGCGCCCGCACAACCUGAGCUGAAGAAGUACCUAGACAAGAGACUGUUCAUCCAGUUGAACGGCAGCCGCAAGGUCAUUGGUGUCCUCCGCGGUUACGAUGUCUUCCUGAACAUUGUCCUUGACGAGGCGGUGGAGGAGAAGGACAACGGAGAGAAGGUCAGAAUCGGCAUGGUUGUCAUCCGUGGUAACUCUGUGGUAAUGCUCGAGGCUCUGGAACGAAUUGGCGGAGACGACCGACGCGGAGACCGAUAA